AGAGUCGGAAACAAACUGCAUCCUGUUGUGGAUCCCAACCAUCAUCAUUGACGCACUUCAUCGCAAGGCCCAGUUUUCUGUGAUCAUUCCAGAGCGGCAACACCAUGGCAGUGAAACUCGGUUACAAAUACAGCUUCAUUUUUGCUGCCACCACCCUCAUGGCCAUUAUGCUAUGGGGAAGGAAUGGCGAAGACGAUGAUAACCCUUUAGGUUACAAAGACGAAGGUGACGACCGUGUCAUCCACCGAUCAAAGAGGCAGAGUUACGAGUCAAAAUUGAGGUCUACGUUUGAUUUUUUAAAGCAAGCGGAGAGAUGCUGCAGAAAGAAAUUUCCAUACUUAUUACCGGAAGAUUCCUUGACCACUUGCCAAAAUGGAAAUGCUAAUAAAAACCCAAAUUCAGCUAAAAACAAGGCCGGAAAGAAUAGGAAGAAGCAAGGCCGAAGAAGUUUAGGCUUACUUCAAGCUGUGAACAACCUCUUAAAAUCUUCUAACAGACCUAAGAGAGCAUCCCCACAAAAAAUGCAAGUUUCUUCUGUGUGCUACAUGGCGUGCAUUUUCAAUGACGCAGGACUCCUAAAUGGUUCUGCAGUAAACCUGGAUGAAACUGAGGCAACAUUCAAUAGCUCAAACGAGGUUCAAUAUUGGGCACAACCCAUAUUAGAUGCAAUUUCCCAGUGUGAAGAGCCCGCGGCGUGUGCUACGCCCGAGACCAUUAAAUCGCCAACAGGAAGAUUCUGCAACAUUAAACCAACCGUCUACAUGUGUUGCAUGUACCAGAAAUUAUAUGAAAAAUGCGAUCCUGAUACUAGCAGGCCUGGUUGCAAAGAUACAGGCGCCAAAAUAAGGAAGCUUGAUACUUCUCACGGGACCCAAAAUCGCCUGAAGAUGCAGCAGCAACAGCAAAGGAAGAAGAAGAAUUGAUUCAGUUACACUUAUUCAAAGUUUGUUUCUCAUGGCUUUUGAGUAAAUUGGUUUUAAAAAAAAUUGG